AGUAAGUUGUUGUAGUUACAAAUAGGCUAGCUACAGGAAGACUUUUUAUGAUGGCUAGCUAGCUAACUGUGGUUCUUCGAAUACAUAAGUUUAUCCUAUGCUGAAGAGUUGGUAGACGGUGAGAGCUGGAAAUGCCCACCUUCAUAACCCCAGAUACCUGACUCAAAGCAGAUUUCGUCAGGAGGUACUUCCCCCUUCACUGUGGUGAAAAUGCCAACUGUGAUCCGGGAUAAAGAGGAUUCAGAGUCCUCAGAGGACGAGCAAGAGGACCAUCCUUGCAUUGCCUGGAGUGGCCUCAGCAGGAAGAUCCCAGUCCUGGUGUUCUUUGCUGAAGCCAUCGUCUCUAAAGAUGGAAACAUCCGUUCUGUUGGAGAACGGUAUAACCUGGCCUUCAAGAUUGUGCGCACGGAGAGCCGGCUGGUUCGUGGCUUACUGACCACUCAUGGUUUCCAUGAGAUCCAUCCAAACAGUAAUGACUUCAACCUCAUGUGGACGGGGUCUCACCUCAAGCCUUACCUCCUACGCAGCCUUCAAGACUUCCAGAAGGUCAACCACUUUCCCAGGUCAUAUGAACUCACGCGCAAAGAUCGGCUGUAUAAAAACAUCCAGCGGAUGCAGCAGUCUCACGGCUUUAAAAACUUCCACAUCGUCCCUCAGACCUUUGUGCUUCCCUCAGAGUACCAGGAGUUCUGUAGUUCUUUCGUCAAGGACCAGGGCCCCUGGAUCAUUAAGCCAGUAGCAUCUUCAAGAGGACGAGGGAUCUACCUGGUCAGCAAUCCUACCCAGAUUCCAAUGGACGAGAACAUCUUAGUUUCUCGCUACAUCAAUAACCCAUUACUGAUUGACGACUUCAAGUUUGAUGUGCGGUUGUAUGUGCUGGUGACAUCAUAUGAUCCACUCACUAUCUAUCUCUAUGAGGAGGGCCUGGCCAGGUUUGCCACCGUGAAGUAUGACUGUGGCACAAAGAACAUCAAGAACCAGUUCAUGCAUCUCACCAACUACAGCGUGAACAAGAAGAGCAGUGACUAUGUCAGUUGUGAUGACCCUGAAGUGGAGGAUUAUGGGAACAAAUGGAGCAUGAGUGCAAUGCUGCGGUAUUUGAAGCAGGAGGGAAAAGACACCACAUUGCUGAUGAGUCAGGUGGAGGACCUGGUGAUUAAGGCUGUGUUGAGCGCUGAGCUGCAGAUAGCCACUGCCUGCAAGAUGUUUGUGCCCCACAGGAACAACUGCUUCGAACUGUAUGGCUUUGAUGUACUCAUCGACUCCAACCUCAAACCAUGGCUCCUGGAGGUCAACCUCUCUCCCUCCCUGGCCUGUGAUGCUCCUCUGGAUCUGAAGAUAAAGGCCAGCAUGAUAUCAGACAUGUUUUCUAUUGUGGGCUUUGUUUGUCAGGACCCCCUGCUACGACAACCCCGCUCUGAACGGGUGGCUCUGGACCCGGGCCUGAAGUACCCAGCCCCCAAAGCACAGCGUCCUUUAUCUGCUCAGUCCACCGUUGCACCCUCCAAAGUGCGGCAGAGACCCCUGUCAGCCAACAACACUGACACAGACGGGCCUAAGGAGAAGCCAGGAAGUAAACAGGGGGACAGCACCCUGGGCCUGACUGCUGAGGAGUUGAAAGUCCUGAGGAGGAUAAGAGAGGAGCACGAGAGACGAGGGGGGUUCAUCCGAAUCUUCCCCACCCCAGAGACAUGGGAACUGUAUAGUGGUUAUCUGGAGUAUAAGACAUCGAUGAACUCCAUGUUGGCUAACAGACUUUUCCAGGGAAGAUUGGGGAAAACGGUGGUGACCUCAAGAUCACGGAAGCUGAAUGGUAAUGUGCAGCUGCAGGUGGAUGUGUUCCACGCGUGUCACGUGAUCCAGUACGAGAGGAAGCUGUUGUCGCUGGAGGCGCGGAGGCGGAGGCUGCGCCACCUGGCAGAGCACUCCGCCAUGGGGAGGAAAAGAGCAGCGAGGGGUCGCAAGGCCUCCCCUACUGGGACCAGUGACGAGGAGGAUGUUGAAGAGGGGGAGGAGAGGGUUCAGGAGGAAGAGGAGAAGGAUAAGAAAGCCCUGGGUUCGUUAGUGGUGCAGACUGACAGUGUGCCCACCUCACUGAAGCGGUUCCACAAUGAGGCCCUGUCCUCAGCAGAACCGGCCCGAUGCACCACUGCCAUUACCAAACCCAAAGUCAACCUGCUCCACAUCCUCCAGCAGGGCUGGGACCUCAGUAAGGUCCAGGCUCGGAUGGCCUUCUCCUCCUAUCUCCUUCGGGUGCAGAUGAGGCUACUCGCAGAGAGCAGGACUAUCGCUAACUCCGCCUGGCCAGAGAAGGACAAUGAGCAAAUGGAGCUGGUGAUCCGCUUCCUGAAGCGUGCGGCCAGUAACCUUCAGCAGGACAUGAGGAUGGUCCUGCCCAGUCGCCAGCUCCCCCUCCAGGAUCGCCGACGCAUCCUGUCCCACCAGCUAGGAGAGUUCAUCCACUGCUACAACAAGGAGACACAGCAUAUGGUGAAGAAGGUGGAGAAGAUCAAAGACCAGGAACAUUGUAUCAACCCCAGUGUGUUUCAGGAGUUUAUUGCUGAGGCAAGUGAAAGUGAUCUGGAGGAGGUCCUGACAUUCUACACACAUAAAAACAAAUCAGCCAGUGUCUUUUUGGGAACCAAAUGUCGGAGCACUAAACCUGACAAUAGCAACAGUCUAGGUUCAAGAGAGCCAGCUACCCCAGAGAACCAGAAAACUUUGCCCAUGGCAAAAGAGGGCUCCAGUGCCACUGAGUCCUCAACGUCUGAAGUCAGAAACAGCACAGACCAGGCCAGUGUAGUCCAACCCACUGCUGACCAACCCACCGGAGAGCAACCGGCUGCAGCCCUCAGAAGUAGUAAACAGCCCGAGGUCCAGGCCUCCCAGCACUCCUCCAGCUUUCCAGCUGCCUUAGACUGUGGCCACAUCCACCUGCAGCACUACUCUCACCCCCAGAACCCACCCCAGUCUCUUCCCCUGUACUGCCCCCCACCACCGCCCCCAUCUCAGCCCCCAUCCUACGACCAGUCCCACUUUCGCCUCCACUCCCCUCGCCAGCCAGAAACCCCUCCACAGCCCCAGGCCUCUGUGUUCUCCUCAACCUCGACCCUUGUCCCCCAGCCGCCACGGGUAAUAUGGGCAGCUGCCCGCUCUGGUCCCACCACAGUCUCAGCACCACCAGUCUCCCAGGUCCUAAGGCAGGUCCAGUCCUUUACCUCCACCUCCUCUGCGGCUGCAGCCUCAUCCUCCAUGCCUGGUGCCAUCCACAUCUACAGCCAGAAGAUCUCCAGGCCCAACUCUGCAGGUCAAGCAAUCAGAAGGACGCCCUCCAGCCGGCCCAGACCAGAUCCAAAUGGGGUCUUUAAUAAGGACCUGGACUCACUGCCUGCUCAGGCGCAGUCCAACCAACAAGCCAUAGUCUCAGCCCUGCAGAAACUGGCAGAGAAGCAGGCUGCCCGCCAGUACAACAGCUCCAGCCACAUCAGUCUCCUAACACAACACUUGACCAACCUGAACCUGACUACCAGGGUGCUGAGCAGAGGGGCCAUCACCCUGACCCCAGCAGUGCGGCAUGGUAAUGGGACUGGAGCUGUGACCCAGCGGCCUGUCAGGGCUGUCCACUCUGACACAGGGCCCAUCCACAGCACUACUGGCCCCAGGGCGCCGAGAGAUGAGGAGGGUCUUUGGGAUGGGGAGACCCAGAGUGCCUACAACCUGGUGAGAGGCGUCGGCCCCCAGCAGCGCUACCAGCCCAUCCCAGGCAGCUACCAGCUCCAGUUCGCCAUACAGCAGCUGCAGCAGCAGAAGUUCCAGUCCCGCCAACUGCUUGACCAGAGUCGCACCCGCCACCAGGCCAUGUUGGCUGCUAAGGCCAUGAUGCCACCCUAUCCUGUGAUGGCUCCUUGGCCCCAGGCUCCCACCGGCCCAUCCUCCUCCAGUCUACCAGUGACCCACCCAGGCCGCCAGAACCACAGCCAUGCCUGCGCAGGCCCAGGACACAUCCUCAACCCCAAACCACCCAGCAGUGCCAGGGAGGGCCUGGUCAGGAAGACAGCCACCCAGCGCCUCAGCAAACAGACCUCAUCAGAACGCCCAGCCAAUGGAGCUCUGACGUCCAACUCGCAGCAUGUGGUCAACGAGGCCGUGUGUGGGAAAGCAGGUCUUUCUGGGUACAGCAAACUGUUUCAGGGACAGGGGUCCAAGCUCAGAUGACAGCGAGAUAACCAGAGAAAGGACGGGAGCUAUGGCACACCAUCUUGCCGACAGAGGUGUCUCUGCAUGUGACCACAGGUGCAUGCUGGGUAGGAAACAACUUAAGGAUCCCGCUGCUGUGACUGUAUGUCUGACACACACCAGGCCCUGUUACUGCUUCUAUAUGAAGGAGACAUGCAAGAGGAUAGCCUGCCCUUUCAGGAAUCCCUGGGCCUGACGCAGGUCGGGAUCUGUUGCACAGGCCAAGACUUUCCAGUGGCUUUCUGUAUCCCCCCCACAGCCCCAACUGCAUAACCCUAUCGUAGCAGUUGUCUUCCCUCAUUCUCCCCAUGCUGUCUGUCUGUGUCUAUGCCAUGGAAAGACUUCAGUGACAGAUACCCAGCAACAGCUGGUUCCCACCAGAGGCCCCAUGGGCACUAUCACUGGAGCUCAGAGUAUAGUCUUAGUACAUUAUAGCAAUUACUGUACAGGCAGAGAGAUGUGCUUUAUCACCUCCUUCUGUCUCAUUUUAAAGACAUGUUUGUGGUGUAGGGAAGUUUGGGUACAAGAGAGAAACUGCAAUUGACCAAUAUUUUAGAGAUUGUCUCAAUGAUCUUGUUUUACUGAGAAAUGAGCAAGUAAAGGAAGUGUUGUCUGGUGAGGCAGGCUUGAUGUUGUGCUUGGGAACCAACCAUCCCAUUCUCUCAUGAAUGCAUUUAUCAGAGAGUAUCACAAACAGUUGCCAAUCCAGCUAUGUUUGGUCCUUGUUUAUGUAUACUGAUGGGUUUCCUCUCUCUUUGUGAAGACUUGUUACAUUGGCAAGCAGGACACUUGCAUGAGUUGUAUUGUUGCCUUUACAGUUCUCAUGUUUGCACUCCCUUGUUUGUCUAUACUCUACAGUAACAUUAUAUACCAGACUUUUCCCACUAUGAACUGUAACAAGGUGUACAUCUGUUAUACUGCCAUUCUUUGUGCGCUCUGGCUUAGUAAUGUGCAGUAUACUGUUAGACCUGCACAGUAAUGUUUUUAACGCAAUUGUAUGUUACAAUACCUUGCAAUCAGUCGUUUCGGACUGUAAUGAAAUGACAAUGUUG